GUAUUUCAUUUGGUGAUGAAUAAAAGGAGUUUGUUGACGGUUGCUGCACUACAUUACUUUGUGCUGAAGCAAGAUAAUUCUCCCAAGAUGCUGCUCUAUCUGCCUCUGAUUUUAACCUGCUCUCUGUUCGUAGGGGGAGCAGAGGGUCGAAUUACCUGGACUCGAACCGACUUGGAGCCAUUCCCAGCUGGAGUCGAACCAACUUGGAAUCGAACCGACUUGACCCUGGGUUCGCAAGACUGCCCCGGAGGCUACUCCCUCGUGGGCGACCAAUGCCUCAUGUUCGUGAACCACCUGAACCUGCCCCAUGGAGAAGCGAGGGAGUACUGUCAAGCUGCUGAAGGAGAGCUGGUCGCCAUCACCACGGCCACGGACUUCAAGAAUCUGGUCGAUUACAUCCACGACAGCGAUUUCUUGGCCCGAACCUUCUGGGUGGACGGAACCGACGGAGGCGAGGGCGUCUGGGUGACGUCGUCAGGAGGAGCCGUGCCCUUCGGAACCCCCUUCUGGGCCGCCUUCGAGUACCGGCAGCAACCUGACAACUCCGCCGGGAGUGAGCACUGCCUGUCGUUGCCGUCGCGAUGGUUUCACUAUAUGAACGACGUCCUUUGCACUGACGCAAAGAACUUCAUAUGUGAAGCCACCAUCCAGAAGGAGCCCGAGGUCGCAAGCGCAGCCCUGGCUCCCUUCGGCCCGUCGGCGGUGGGCGUUGGGUGCACCUUGCCCUUCGUGGAGGUGGGCGGCCUCUGCCUGAUGUUCGUCACGUGGGCGGAGGAGACCUGGCACGAGGCGCGGCGGGCGUGUGCGUCAGUCUCCGGCGACCUCUUGGCCAUCGCCGACGUUGAGGUGUUGAGGGCUGUGUACCUCCACAUACAGACAAGUGGUUUAUCCGGCCACACUUUCUGGCUUGGAGGAACCGAUGUAGAGAGUGAAGGGACAUGGAUCUACACCACAGGGGAGCCAGUUCCCAUGGGCACCCCCUUCUGGGGUCUUAGUGAAAUGAGUGCUCCGGUCCAGGAACCCAAUGGAGGAACCAGUGAGAACUGCCUCGCGAUCGGCAAUUUUUACAAUUUCAGGGAUUAUUCCUGCGACUCGUUAUUUAACCCAGUUUGUGUCUAUACUGGAUGAGCAAGUGGCAGGAGAAAGGUAAAAGAAGAAUGUUGAAAUAAUAAUGAUAAAGAGAAUUUUAAAAAAGGAAAUAAGAUACUUUUGUCUUGCAAGCAUUUCUUGAAUACGUUAGUGACUAAUAAAAUGUGCAAUUACAUAUACGUAUCUUUGUUUUCUUUUAGUCUUGUAAGUUCAACACAUGUACAAAUACAAAAUUAGUGGAACAUACAACUAAGUAUUCUCUUCAUCUACCAAAUCAUGCUUUAUAGUCAUCAGGUAUAAUAAUAAAACAAUAGAUACAUUGUGACAUGUAGAUACCUUUAUCAUGUCAAUAAAUCUGCUUCCCUAGUUUA